AUGAAGCAAUCCCUAUUUUCUAACAAGUUGUUGAACUACAGAAGUUUAUUUUUAAAUAUAGUAAUUUUUAUUAUUAUUUUAAAUAAAUUUGCUUACUGUGCAGACGAACAUCAUGAAGAUCACGAUCAUGACCAUGAUGAAGUUAAUGAAACUUUAAUUAGCGAAACAUUUUCAACUGAAGAGUCUUGGGCAUAUGGUAUGCUAACAGGUGUAAUGCUUGGAAUUCUUGGAUUUAUCUGCUCUGCUUUUGUUGUUAUCGUAAAAAAAUAUACAAAAAUUUCGUUCGAUCCAUUUUUGAAGGUGCUUAUUGCUUUUGCAGCUGGUGCUUUGAUUGGAGACGCUGUUGUUCAUUUACUUCCUCAUGCAUUUGGUAGUCAUAGUCAUGAAGAAGCAUCUCAUGAUCAUGAGCAUGAACAUGAACAUGAAGAGCAUGCAGAGGGUGAAGGUGUUUCUAUGUAGCUAUUGUCAUUCUUUAUCUGUCUUGGAAUAUUUGUCUUUGCUCUUAUUGAAAGGAUUUUUCACAUGCUAGGAAUAGCUCAUUCCCAUGGCUUAGAAGAUUCACAUAGUCACUCCGAAGGACAUGAAUGUCAUAACCAUAAAUAAAUAAAUGCUAGAGUUUCAAGUGAAUCCAUCAAAUUAACUAGCAACCCUACUUCAACUGAAUAUAAUUUAACUAACAUCGAAAAAGAGAACCUGAAAUAAAAUUCUGACCAAUAAAACUAGGAAAUAUAAUAAGAACCAGAAAAUAAGGAAGUACAAUAAAAUAAAGUUGAAGAAUUAUCAGUUAAAUAGAUAGACUUGACAAUAGGAUGGAAGAAUAAAAAACCUGAAGGAUACAUGAACUUAAUUGCUGAUUUUUUACAUAACAUUAUGGAUGGAAUAGCAUUAGGAGUUUCAUUCACAUCAACAACUAAAUCAAAAGCAGCAAGUACUAUAGUAGCUAUUGUUGCCCAUGAAAUACCUUAAGAAAUGGGUGAUGUUUCUAUUUUGUUGAAUUCGAAUUUUAGUGGACUUUAGGCUAUUUUAUGCAAUGGUAUUAUUAAUUUCUCUGGUCUAAUUGGAAUUAUUAUUGGAAUAUCCGUUGCAAGUCUAAGUGAAAACGCUGAACGCAUAAUGAAUUGCUUUAUAGCUGGUAAUUUCUUGUUUAUAGGAGCAGCAGAAAUGCUACCAAAACUUUCUGAAGAAAAAAAUAACAAGACUGCUUUCUUAUAAUUGUUUGGUUUAUGCGUAGGUUUUGGAGUCAUGUUUUUGAUCACUUUAGCAGAAUCAGAUGAUCAUUCUCAUUGA